AUGGUCGCCCCAACCCGAGCCCUCUUUCUAGGUGGUACUAGAGGCGGGAUCAAGCGCCUCAAGCUCACCACCAAACAAGUCAAUGGAGGAUACUACAAAGGAACUGGUACUGGCUCCAUGGGUUCACACACGAAAUACGGUGGCUAUGUUCUCGACCCGAAGAAGUUGAGAAAUUAUGUUGUUCCCGACAUGACGGAUUUCAAGUUGAUGCCAUUCGUCACAAAGAAGCUCGAACCCACAAAGGGGAAAUUCGGGAAAGGCGGCCCCAUGUGCGGAAACGCCUAUCUCGAACAGUGGAAGGAACUAAAUGGAAUCAAUUAA